AUGUUCAGGAGCGCCCUUCAAAAAUCCGCCUUCAAGGCCUCACGGAGUGCCUUCAGACCAGCAGUCUCUGCUGGAUUAAGAGUAGCUGGUGCUCGGUUCGCGAGUGAUAAUGCGCUUCAUGGCAAGAUCCAUCAAGUCAUUGGUGCCGUCGUCGAUGUCAAGUUCGAUACCGACAAGCUUCCUCCUAUUCUAAACGCCCUUGAGACAGACAAUGGCGGAACGAAACUGGUUUUGGAGGUCGCACAACAUUUGGGAGAGAAUGUCGUCCGAACAAUUGCUAUGGAUGGUACGGAAGGUCUCGUCCGUGGACAUCGAGCGACAGAUACUGGCAACCCAAUCAUGGUACCGGUCGGUCCAGGAACACUCGGUCGUAUCAUGAACGUCACUGGAGACCCCAUUGAUGAGCGUGGUCCUAUCAAGCACACCAAGAAACUGCCGAUUCACGCCGACGCUCCUCCUUUCACCGAUCAAUCUACCGCUGCUGAGGUUUUGGUUACUGGUAUCAAGGUCGUCGAUUUACUCGCCCCAUACGCUCGUGGAGGAAAGAUUGGUCUCUUUGGAGGAGCUGGUGUCGGAAAGACCGUGUUCAUUCAAGAGUUGAUCAACAACAUCGCCAAGGCUCACGGUGGUUACUCCGUUUUCACUGGUGUAGGAGAGCGAACCCGUGAAGGUAACGAUUUGUACCACGAAAUGCAGGAGACUCAAGUUAUUCAACUUGAUGGCGAGUCCAAGGUCGCGUUGGUCUUCGGUCAGAUGAACGAGCCUCCAGGAGCCCGUGCCCGUGUUGCCCUUACCGGACUCACCGUGGCAGAAUACUUUCGCGAUGAAGAAGGACAAGAUGUCUUGCUCUUCAUCGACAAUAUUUUCAGAUUCACCCAAGCCGGUUCAGAAGUGUCUGCUCUUCUAGGUCGUAUCCCAUCUGCCGUCGGUUAUCAGCCAACACUCGCAGUUGAUAUGGGUCUUAUGCAAGAACGUAUCACAACCACAAACAAGGGAUCGAUUACCUCCGUCCAGGCUGUCUACGUGCCUGCUGAUGAUUUGACUGAUCCUGCCCCUGCCACCACCUUCGCCCAUUUGGACGCCACCACUGUCUUGUCCAGAGGUAUUUCUGAGUUGGGUAUCUACCCUGCUGUGGAUCCUCUGGAUUCCAAAUCCCGUAUGUUGGAUCCUCGUAUCAUUGGACAAGAUCACUACGAUACCGCCACCAAGGUCCAACAGAUGUUGCAAGAGUACAAGUCGCUACAAGAUAUCAUUGCCAUUCUUGGUAUGGAUGAAUUGUCGGAAGCUGAUAAGCUCACUGUCGAGCGCGCUCGUAAGCUGCAGAGAUUCUUGUCGCAGCCAUUCGCUGUCGCUGAGGUCUUUACUGGUAUCCAGGGUGUUCUUGUCGACUUGAAGGACACUAUCCGGUCAUUCAAGGCCAUCAUGAACGGAGAGGGUGAUGACUUGCCAGAAGGUGCCUUUUAUAUGGUUGGUGAUAUCGAUGCUGCGCGUGCGAAGGGAGAGAAGAUUCUCGCUGAUCUCGAGAAGGAGUAA